AUGUUUGAGAGACUUGCAUCUGAAACAUCCCUCAGGUUUGGGAGUAGACGUGGAAGUGUGCUCCAGCUUUCUCUUCUUAUCAGUAGCCGUCUUGAUAGCAUCCUUGGUCAAAGGUCACUUGGCAAAUUGCUACGGACAGAAGCAGGGAAGGCGGAAGUGAACAUGACGGUCUUGAACGUCUUGAGGUCCUUGACGCCCGAUGACUCGACAGCUGCACAGGCCUUCCUGAACUUCUCGGUGAAGGCAGAGACAUCGGUAUCACCAGUGGCAGGCGGGGUGUCGGACAUCGUGACCGCUCCGUACUGGAUUGUCGUCGUAAUAGAGGUUCCAUUGUUUGGUAAUUCAUCAUCAUCAUUGACAUUGACAGCAGCAUUGGCACCAGCAGCAGCAGGCUCGGACGCACUCUCCUUCGACUUGUUGGCGUUCUCGGCGUUCACAACAUCUUUCUCCGUCGCCUUCUCAACUCCCGGCUUCUCCUCCAUUUCCACAUCAGUAUUGGAAGCAGUAUCAGACAUUUUUGAUAGCAGUAAU